GGUACUGGUGUAGUCAUCAUGAACAAAUCUGAUUAUAUUAACCUGCUGAGCCAGGCAUCUAUCAAUGAUACAUCGAAGUUCACACCUGUCAGCCUGCAGAGACCAAAAACGAGAGGCCGCCCAGUAAAGCAUUACCACCCUCUAUUGGAGAAGGAAAAGCACCUUGCAUCUGUUGUACGGAAGAUCUUACCAAAGCAGAUUGCCGACUGUGUUUGCCAGGCUGGCUCACGCCUUGCCCAUCUUUAUGGACUCCCUAAGACACACAAAGAGAAUCUAUCGAUGAGACCUAUCCUAUCUGCCACCGGCACUUACAACUAUGCCCUCGCCAAGUGGCUUGAUGACAAACUGAAGCCCCUGUCAAGCAAUCGCUACACAAUAUCAGAUACCUUCUCCUUCGCCGAUGAGAUUCAAAACCUAGUCAUCGACGAGAAUGACAUUCUGGUAUCCUAUGACGUCACGUCACUAUUCACUAAUGUGCCGCUUCAAGAAACGAUCGAAAUCAUCGCUGAGAAGGCGUUCGCUGACAACUGGUUUAAUACUACACACGACCUCAGCAUUACAAAGCCUGAACUGGUUCAACUUCUAGAAGUUGCAACUAUGAAUCAACUAUUCCAAUUUGAUGGCAAUCUUUACGAGCAGACCGACGGUGUGGCCAUGGGUUCUCCAUUGGGCCCACUUAUGGCAAACGCAUUUCUCUGUUCUAUCGAAGAGAAACUAGAUCAAGACAACAAGCUCCCUGAAUUUUACAGAAGGUACGUGGAUGACACGUUUGCUAUUGUCACAAGUGUACCAGCGGCAGAAGAUUUAUUAUCAACGCUAAAUAACUGCCAUCCGUCCAUACACUUCACCAUGGAGCUAGCAUCUGGAAACAAGUUACCUUUUGUCGGUAUGGAAGUGCUCAAGAAAGGCUGUAAACUAGAAACUAGUGUUUAUCGGAAACCAACAAACACAGGCCUAUUGCUUCAUCACCAGAGCCACGUCGAUAAAAGGUACAAGAAAUCACUACUUAAGACCAUGUUGAAUCGUGCAUUCCGCCUGUCGUCCACAUGGGAGUCCUUCAAAUCUGAAUGUGAUCAUCUAAAGAUGAUGUUUACAAACCUCAAGUAUCCCGACCACCUCAUCAAUUCCACCAUCUCUCACUUUGUCACCUCAGUUAGGUCGGAAAACCCUGGAGUGCAAGCUCAAUUAUCCGUCAACGAAAAUGCUGUUCACCGAGUGGUUUUGCCUUUUAAAGAUCAAAAGUCAGCUGACGCAGUGAAAAGGCAAUUAUCAGAUCUAAGCAACAAAAUCGAUCACACCCUUCAUCCCGUGUUCAAGAGUCGCAAAAUCUGUGAAGAUCUCAGAGUACGUGAGCCUAAACCUCCUAUAGUUAGCCAACAAUGCGUUGUAUAUAAUUAUAAAUGUGAUCUGUGUGAUGCAGAGUACGUCGGGUACACCAGCCGGCAUUUACAUCAACGUAUUAAUGAGCACCGUAAUUCGGCCAUCGGCAAACAUCUAAAGAACGACCACGGCCUACAAACCAUCGGCGACCUGACCAAGCAUUUCAACGUACUUAAAAAGUGCACCGGGAAACUGGACUGUUUAGUUCAUGAAAUGCUUUUCAUAAAGAAGAUGAAGCCCUCUUUGAACAAACAAUCGGAUUCCAUACGCGCGAAACUAUUUAUUUAA